GAAGCUUCAAGAACACCAAACACCAACAUUUAAAAGAGGGAUAUUUCAUUUCGAAAUGCGUGAACUCCCCACAAACAAUUUCCGAUAUAUCCAACAAUGAUAGGAAAGAAGAUCCAUCUGAAAAAAUGGCCACUCCUUCGUUUGACGUAACUCCCGCAUCGACAUUCGACCCAGUUAACGAUUCAACUCUCACGUACUUCAUACCCCUUGCGACCAAAUUUUCUAUCGAGGAAGCUUAUAAAAAUGACGCGAAUAACUCCGAAGAGCCGUUCAGCUCAGUAGAACGGCGGGAUUCUCUUUUCUUUGAUGAAUCCGUCGAUAUCUACUUCGUCCUUACAAGCUACCAUGCUCGGGAAGACACCUUGCGGUCCUCUCUACGGAAUAUAAUAAUCUCUCUAGAGGCGGAGAUCGUCAAUAACACUUCGCUAGAUCGUGACGGCCAAUCCGCCUCUGAAGUCAUUUACACAGGGGCAGUAGACGGGCGACAAGAACCAACUAUAUUGUUCAAGAUUACAGAAGAACCCGACACAAGCUCCGAAGAUGACGUCCAGAAUCGAUCUCUGGCUGUAUGGAAGCACUCGGUAUACCUUGGUCGUCCCAGGAUGCGACUUCAGAACCCUUCCAUUGUUUUCAAUGCUACAGCGGGCUUCAAGAUCGGAAAUUCAUCCUUGUCUGAAGGGCUUCGCGAUGGAUAUUUACCAAGCGGCGUACCAUGGGGUCUUAAUCUCCUCGAGUCUUUUGGAAAUGACCCUGCUCUGAAUGGAGUUAAGCCUCAUCUAUCAGCACUCCGAGUAUCUCGUGUUACGCCAGUCACACAGCAUGCUAGGGGUCAGCUACAAGCCAUCAAAUCCUCGUCGGAGCUCUCAAUGCGCAUCUACCCAGUGGCGCACUCGCGCAUGCGUUUUACUCAUCUCAAUACCAUCCCUUCCACAGCAACUGUCCUUGCGAUGCUUGAGCUCGAUUUUACACCCUACUUUGAGUGUGAGAUAAUACUUGACAGCAUAUCAAUCACAGUCGCCGACGGCUUAGUAGAAGACCUUGCCAGCCAGUCCGGGAUGCCACUCCCCAUAUCUUGCGUUGCUCACGACCAUAUAACGUUUCUAUACCGUAUUUCGCCGUCUGAAGCUUAUAUAGUAUCGAAAAAUCCGCUACGAGAUAUUGGUAUCACCAUCUCUGCGAAGGCUCUGGUGCGCCCAGAGAUAUGCGAGCCGCAAUUGAAAAUGGCGUGGACCGCUACGGUUGAUUUUACAAUCCCCGUAAAUCCAGGAUACGGUUCUACCAUGCAACCGAUCCAACGUAUGCAUCGGCCAAGUCAACUUUCUAUUGGAGGCGAGAGUACUAUCUCUCUCAUAGCUCCAUCUGUUGCUCGACCAGACGCAUUACCUUCACUCGAAGCUGCGACGGCCCGAACAGAGUCUACUAUGCCUGAUAUAGGUAUUGCUAUGACUUUUAUCGGACCACCUCCGAGCCAGCAGAUCUUCCCCGGCGAUGAGUUCGUCUGGAACGUGUUUGUAGUUAACCGAUCACCUACGCCAUCAGCGACACCGAGGAAACUAGCUAUAGUUGUAAUUCCGAAGCGAAGACGUAACGAGUCCCGAGUAAACCGGCCACCGUCCGUUUCUCGGUUACCGGAAGUCUCUCAUAGCUUUUCUCAGCAGGUAAAAACACCAAGAGACCGGAGCGUGGCGGAUGCUGUUCUUGACGAGAACGUCGUUCACGCUAUGCAGCAUAGCAGUAUUAUCGAAGGCACGGAAUUGGUUUGCCUAAGCCCAGAUGUUAGGGUGGGACCGCUCGCGCCCGGAGCUUGUCACGUCGCUGAGCUUAGGUUUUUGGCGUUAAAGGAAGGCGUCGUAAGCGUCGAAGCUAUAAGAGUCAUUGACCUCACGAAUAAUGAGCACGUGGAUAUCAGGGAUUUACCCACCGUUAUUAUUCAGAGUAGAUAGAUGCGUGGAUUAACAUCCAUACCUAAGUAAAGUGCUCUAUUGGUCUUCAACCAUCAAUAAAUGUCCAGCAAGUGUCACUAUCC